AUGACUAUGGAGAAUUUUGCUGUUUUACCCGACUGUGAAAUAAAGAUUUAUUCGAUACGUACACAAAGGACAGCAAAUCAAGAAUUACAAAGUUGUUUGCACUACAUGGACGGUGCCGUGUCGUGCUCCGACGAGGAGUGGGCCUGCGCCGACGCGCUGCGCUGCGUGCCGCGCGCGUGGCGCUGCGACGGCCGAGCUCAUUGCGCCGACGCCUCCGACGAGUUGGACUGCAACCCUUCGGACAAGCAGUGCCACGGCGAUGAGUUCCGGUGCGCCGUGAACAACCUGUGCCUGGCGCGUUCAUGGCGCUGCGAUGGCGACCCUGACUGUGGCCAAAACGACCUUUCCGACGAGGACCCCUACAUCUGUCAAAAAGACUUCAAGUGUCCAGGUAAUUGGGCAAGGUGUGCGACACCCAUCGAGGGCCAGUUCACGUGCGCACCAGUGUACCACUUCUGUGACGGAGCGAGGCACUGUCCGGACGCUAGUGACGAGUGGGACAUCUGUGACAACUUCACGGCGAGCUCUUGCGAGGCUCUGCACUGCGAGGUGGGCUGUCGGCCGACCCAUAGCGGGCUGGCGUGCUACUGCCGCGAGGGCUACGAGCCUGAUGACAAAGGACACUGUGUCGACACCGACGAGUGCCGGCUGGACGACAUGUGCGCGCAGCUCUGCAACAACUCGGUGGGCUCGUACGCAUGCGCCUGCGCCCCGGGGUAUGCGCUGCACGAAGAUAAACGCAACUGCAUCGCUAUUAAUGAGCCUGCGGACGAGCCCUUGUCGUUGGUUGUGGUGACGCAAAUGGACGUGCGGCGCGAGUGGCUGGACACGCCGCGUUCUCGCAACCGCACGCUGCACGCGCUCAACGUCAGGGCGGUCGACUUCCACUACACCAACCGAACGAUAUGCUACGUGCACCACAACAUCAGCAAGUCUAGCAUCGUGUGCGUGGACGCGGAUGACUUCAGCAAGCGAACCUUUGUGGGCGCGCCUGACUUCUUCCCCGAUGUCAGCGCCGUGAGCCACCUGGCAAUAGACUGGGUAUCCAACAACUGGUACCUGGUGGACGGCGGCCGCGAGGCGCUGUACGCGUGCGAGGUGAGCCUGCGACACUGUCGGCUGCUCGUCGACUCCGCUCUAGCGAAAGUACACGGCUUCGCACUCGACCCUUCCGCGGGGUGGAUGUUCUGGACGGUGUGGGGCGCGACGCCGCCGCGCGUAGAGCGCGCCGCGCUGGACGGCGCCGGCCGCGAGGCGCUGGCGACGCUGAAGCUGGUGUACCCCUCGGCUCUGACGCUGGACCUCGCCGCCAGGGUCGUGUACUGGGCUGACGCGUACCUCGACGCCGUGGAGCGAGUCGACUACGACGGAGCCAAUAGACGCACCGUGCGAAAGGGUUAUGCGACGCAGGAGCUGCAACAGAUCUCGGUGCUGGAGGCGUCGCUGUACCUGCCCGUGUGGCGCAACUCGUCCGUGGCGGUGGUGUCGCGCUACGGGCGCGGUGCGGGCCCGCGCGCGGAGCUGCGGCUGGCGGCGCGACCGCUCGCGGCGCUGGUGUUCCACCGCCAGCGCCAGCCGCCGCUGCACCACCCCUGCGCCGUGCGCAACGGUGGCUGCCAGCACCUGUGCGUAACGGCCUACAGGAGCGGCAAGCCGCACGCCCAUUGCAUGUGUCGCCACGGGUAUCGACUCGCCGGCCACGGAGACUGCGAGCGUGUGGAGGUGGACAGUUACCUGGUGGUGGCGCGCGGGUCCCCGCCGCUGGUGGUGGCGCUGUCGCUGCGGGGCGCCGGGGCCGAGGGGGGCGAGGCCGUGGCGCCGGCCGCGCACGCCGCCCGCCCCACGGCCGCCGACGUGGACCUGGCCGCCGGUCACCUGUACUACUGCGACGUGCACAGGUACGAGAUAGUGCGACAGAAGCUGGACGGCACGGGACGCGAGGUGUUCAUCGGCGAUGACGUGGACAACUGUGAGGGGCUCGCCGUCGACUGGCUCGGGAGGAACCUGUACUGGACGGACGACGCGUUGGGCCAGGUGUCGGUGGCGCGGCUGGACGACGCGCGCACCCGCCGCGUGCUGGUGCGCGAGCCGCACGACCAGCACUACCACCCGCGCUCCAUCGUGCUCCACCCCGCCAACGGCACCAUGUACUGGUCGGUGUGGGCUUCGGUGCGGUCUGAGCGCGGGCGCAUCGAGACGGCGCUGAUGGACGGCUCCUCGCGCCGGGUGCUCCUCGACACGAAGCUGCACUGGCCCGGGGGGCUCGCGCUGUCCCCCACCUACGACGAGCUGUACUGGUGCGACACGUACCUCAACAAGAUCGAGCGCCUCGCGCUGCGCACCGGGGAGAGGACGGUCCUCCUCGACGACACUACCUCCAAUAUACUCAAGCCGUAUGGACUCGCACUUUAUGAAGGGUGGGUGAUAUGGAGCGAGCACGGGACGGGCGCGGUGCGGCGCCGGGAGCCCGACGGCAACGUCACGGAGCUGUACCGCCUGCCGCCGCCGCUCUACGACCUCAAGCUCGUCUCGAACUCCAACGUGCGCGGCAACAACGCGUGCCGGUCGGUGCGAGGCGGCUGCGCGGAGCUGUGCCUGGCGGCGCCGCUGGGCGCGCGCACGUGCGCGUGCGCCGAGGGACGCGCGCCCGCGCCGCUCGACCCGACGCGCUGCGAGCCCGCCGCACAGCGCGCGUCGCCCGCCUGCCCCGCAGGGACCUUCGCUUGCAAGCACGGGCGCUGUAUCGACAUGUUGUACGUGUGCGACGGAGACCUCGACUGUUCCGACGGCUCCGACGAAGACUCGCUGCCGACCGGACCCUGCGCGAACGUGACCUGCAACGAGGAGCAGUACACGCGCUGCGACAACAACAGAUGUAUCCUCAACAGCUGGAUCUGCGACGCACAGAAAGACUGCAACGACGGCAGCGACGAGACGGCGGAGGCGUGCGCGCGCACCACGUGCCGCGCGCAGCAGUUCCAGUGCGCCGCCUCGCGCCGCUGCAUCCCCGACUGGUGGCGCUGCGACGGCGCGCCCGACUGCGGCCGCGACGACCUCAGCGACGAGCAGGACUGCGCCGGCACGCCCUGCUCCGGCCUCACCUUCGCGUGCGACAACGGCGCCUGCCUGCCCUGGGAGUUCUACUGCGACGGCCACGCCGACUGCGCCGACGCCAGCGACGAGCGUGCCUGCCGCGACGCCUCCUCAGCGGCGCCGCCCCUGCCGUCCCUCCCGCCCCGCAGGGACCACGCACGCCCUCAGCACGACAACGGGGUAUGCGAGGAACACGAGUUCCAGUGCAACAACACUGAAUGUAUUCGGAAGGAAUUUCGAUGCGACGCACACGUCGACUGCCUGGACGGAUCGGACGAGGUGGGCUGCGCGUCGGACACUAUCCCUCGCACGAGCCCUCGCACGCCGGCCCCGAGCACUAGCACGGCCCGCGCCGAGGCGGCGUGCUCAGGCCCCGCCCUGCGCUGCGACAACGGCACCCGCUGCGUGCCGCUGCAGCAGCUGUGCGACGGCGUCGCCGACUGCGCCGACGGCGCCGACGAGGCGGACCGAUGUGGAGAGCCGAUGUGUUCGCUGGCGGCGUGCUCGCACGGCUGCCACGCGGCGCCGGGCGGGCCGGUGUGCUCGUGCCCGGCGGAGCUGCAGCUGCUGCGCGACGGCGUCACGUGCGGCGCGCGCGCCUCCUGCGCCAGCUGGGGCGCGUGCUCACAGGGCUGCGUGCCGCACAAGCACCGCUACAAGUGCACCUGCGACCAGGGCUACCGCCUCGCCGACGACGGCUUCACCUGCAAGAGUACAGACGGCGUGACGCCUCUGUUGGUGUUCAGCAACCGACACGAGGUGCGCGGUGUGGAGCUGCCGGCGCUGACGGCGCGCGCGCUCAUCUCCUCGCUCAAGAACACCAUCGCGCUGGACUGGCGUCGCGACCCCGCCUCUGGGGCUGUGCAGCUCUAUUGGACCGACGUCGUCGACGACAACAUCUACCGCGGACUCAUCGUCGGCAACGCGCUGAGCGGCAUCGAAGCGGUGGUGCGGCAGGGCCUCUCCACAGCGGAGGGACUGGCGGUGGACUGGGUGGCCGGCAACCUCUACUGGGUCGAGAGUAGUCUGCAUCAGAUAGAGGUGGCGCGGCUGGACGGCCAGUACCGGCGCACGCUCAUCGCGGGCGACAUGGACAGCCCGCGGGCCAUCGCGCUCGACCCCCGCGUAGGUUACCUGUUCUGGAGCGACUGGGAGCAGGCGGCGCCGCGCAUCGAGCGCGCGUCGCUGGCGGGGCGGCGCCGCAGCGCCGUGGUGCGAGUGGACGCGCUGUCCGACGGCGCCUGGCCCAACGGCAUCUCGCUCGACUACCGCGCGCGCAGGUUGUAUUGGAUCGACGCGCGCUCGGAUUCGAUUCAUACGACGGACUACGACGGCGGCGAUCACCGCGAAGUGCUGCGCGGUCACCCGUCUCUGUCGCAUCCCUUCGCCAUCACGGUGUUCGAGAGCCACGUGUACUGGACGGAUUGGCGAAGCAACAGCGUCGUCAGAGCCACCAAGUGGAACGGCAGCGACGUGACGGUGGUCCAGCGCACGCUGACGCAGCCGUUCGACGUGAAGGUGGUGCACCCGAGCCGCCAGCCGCCCGCGGCGCACAACCCUUGCGGCGCGCGCAACGGCCUGUGCUCGCACCUCUGCCUCAUCGACUCGCCCACCGAGCGCGUGUGCGCGUGUCCGCACGUCAUGCGCCUCGCGCCCGACAACCGCACCUGCGAACCACACGAGAAGGUGCUGCUGAUGGGGCGCGCGGGCGAGAUCCGCGGCGUGGACCUGGACGCGCCGCUCGUGCACAUGAUCCCCACGGUGUCGGGCCCGCUGCUCACCGCGCCGCACAACAUACAUUUCGUAGCCGCCGAUAGCGCCAUCUACUGGGCCGACACAGAGACAAACGAAAUAAAACGCACCGGGCUGACGGGUGGCGGGGUGCGCGUGGUGGCUGACAGCGGCGUGGAGCUGCCGCGGGGCUUCGCCGUGGACUGGGCCGCUCGGCUGCUGUAUUACUCCAGCGGGUCGGCGCUUGUGGUGAGCAACCUCGCCGGCGAGUACACCGCCGUGCUACUGGACGGGCUGGACAACAUGACGGCGCUCGCCGUGGACCCGCGCCGCGGCAAGCUCUACUGGGCACUGGCGCUGCGCAGCGAACGCAUCGAAGUCGCGGACGGCGACGCCGGGAACCGCCGGACUCUCCUAGACGCUAUCGCCGACCCGCUCCUCAUGGGCAUCUCCAGCAUGUGCGUGGACAUAGACUCCAACCGCUUGUACUGGGUGAACACGGGCUCCGCCACCAUGCAGUACCUGGACCUGGCCACCGAGAAGUUUUAUACGUUGGAGACGCAAGGGGCGGCGGCGCGGCCCGUGGCGCUGGAGGUGUACGGCGACUCCCUGCUCUGGGCUGACGGCAACGAGCACACCGUGCGCUCCUGCGACAAGCGCUCCUGCGCGCACGACACCAACAAACUGCUCAGGAAUAAUACCGAGGGCGUGAUCUCACUGCGCGUGUACGACGCGCGCGUGCAGCGCGGCGUGACGGGCGCGUGCUCGCUGCGGCGCUCGGCGUGCGCGCAGCUGUGCGUGCCGGUGUCGGCCACCGACAGCCAGUGCCGCUGCGCCGCCGGCUACGUGCGCGACGGCGCCGCUUGCUCCGCCGUCGACGAGGUGGUCGUGUACUCGGUGAGUUGGGAGGUGCGCGGCGUGGCGCUGAACGCCAGCGGCGGUGGGCGUGGCCUACUGCCGCCCGUGCCUCAGCUGACGCUGGCGGCCAGCAUCGACUACGACGCGGCGGGCGAGUGGCUGUACUGGCUCGACUCGGAGGCGGGCAGCGUGUGGCGAGUGCGGCGAGACGGCACCCGGCGUGAGCUCCUCCUGAGCCAGCCCGCACCGCUCGACGCGCAACCGGCCGACUGGCUCGCAGGUCUCGCGGUGGACUGGCUGAACGAGAACGUGUAUUGGUCGGAGCCGCGGCGGCGCCUGGUGCAGGUGUCUCGCCUGGACGGAACUCACCGCUACGUGCUCCUCGACACCGACCCGCUACCGGUCACCUCGUUAGCCGUGGAUCCUGUUCGUGGAUGGUUGUUUAUGGCUGGCGGAGGUUGGAUCCAGCGCGCUCGACUGAAUGGCACGGAGCGAGAUCUGAUUUACAACGGCACGGCCGUCGCAGACAUCGCUCUCGAUAUGAAGGGCGGCUGGGUGUACUGGGUAGAGUCGCGCUCGGCGCAGGUUCGGCGCACGCGGUACGAGGGCGGAGCGGCCGAGCUGGCCGCGCAGUUCCCGCCGCUUCACCACCCCGUGGCGCUCGCCAUCUACAACGACUCCCUCUACUGGCUGGACACGACGGCGAACCGAGGCAGCGUGCUGUCGGCGCCUCUGAGCAACAUCAGCGCGUACCACGUGCUGCGCGACCACGUGGGCGACAGCCUGCGUGACGUGGUGGUGUGGGCGCGCAGCGCGCAGCCGCGCCCCGCCGCCCCGCCCUGCGCGCGCCGCUGCGCCGCGCUGUGCCUGGCGGGGCGCUGCGCCUGCCCGCACGGCCGCCUCGCCGCAGACGGCGCGUCCUGCAUGCCGUACGAGUCCUUUCUGCUGUUCUCGCGAGUCACCGAGAUCGACAGCGUCCAUCUGGAGGAACGGGACCUGAACUCGCCCUACCCUCCCAUCCGCGACAAGGAACUGAUGCGUAACGCGAUCAGUCUCGCGUACGAGUACGCGGGUUCGCGCCUGUUCUACUCCGAUAUCCAGCGCGGCUCCAUCAACACGGUGCUCUUUAACGGCACGGACCACCGAGUGUUGUUGGAGCAGGUGGGCGCCGUCGAGGGCAUGGUGUUCGGUGUGAGCACGCGCACGCUGUACUGGACGUGCAACAGCGCGCCGGGAGUGCGUGCCGCGCAGCUGGACGAGCUGCUGCGCGCUUCCUCGGCCAAGCGCACCGCGCGCGUGUCCACCGUGCUGCGCCUGCCGCGCGGCGACCGGCCUCGCGGCAUCGACUUCGAGCCGUGCGAGCGGCGCCUGUACUGGACCAACUGGAACGAGUCGCACCCCUCCAUUCAGCGCGCCUACACGAGCGGGCGCGCGCUCCAAACGAUCGUCACCACCGAUAUACUCAUGCCCAACGGGCUGGCGCUCGACCACGCCGCCAAGCACGUGUACUGGGCGGACGCGCGCCUCGACAAGAUCGAGCGCAUGCACUACGACGGUUCACACCGAGCCGUAGUCACCCGAGCCUCCACCGAACACCCCUUCGAUCUCGCGCUCGCCGGCGACUGGGUCUUCUGGACCGACUGGCUCGCGCACGGCGUUUUCCGAGCCGAUAAGCGCGCCGGAGGAGCCUCGGCGUUACGCCGGGACGUGCCUCGACCCAUGGCCGUGGUGGCCGUCACGCCCGACCACCAAACCUGUUCGUCGGACCCCUGUGCGAUACUCAACGGUGGUUGCGCCGAACUGUGCACGCUCGACGCGCGCGGGGCCGCCGUAUGCGCGUGCGGCGCGGGGCGGGCGCUGGCACCCGACGAGCGAGCUUGCAAGCCCGCGAACGCGACGUGUCCGCCUGCGCAUUUCGCGUGCGCCGAGGGUCCGUGCGUGCCCGAGGAGCUGGUGUGCGACGGAGUGUCACACUGCAGCGAAGGGGGCGACGCCAGCGACGAGGAUCUGUACUACUGCACGUCGCGGGUGUGCCCGGGCGACACGCUGCCGUGCGGCGCGGGCGGGCGCUGCGUGACGGCGGCGCACGUGUGCGACGGGCGCGCCGACUGCGACGACGGCGCGGACGAGGCGCAGUGCGAGUGCCCCGCCACGCACUACCGCUGCGACGACGGCGUGUGCGUGCCGCUGGCGGCGCGCUGCGACUCGGCCGUGCACUGCCCCGACGGCUCCGACGAGCGCGGCUGUCCGGCCUGCGUCGGCGCCCGCUGCGACGCGCUCACCACCGAGUCGAACGCCAUCGAGACGAGCGCUCGGUCGGAGCCCGCGGCGGCUCCGGAAGGUUGCAGCUCCGACCGGUUCACGUGCGGCAGCGGCGAGUGCGUGCCUCUGUCGUGGCGCUGCGACGGCCGCAGCGACUGCGCCGACGGCUCCGACGAGACGCUGCACUGCAGUCACCGCAACAGAACGUGUGGCGCGGAGCAGUGGACGUGCCCGGAGUCGCGCGUGUGCGUGCCGCUGUCGGCGCGCUGCGACGGCGCGACGGACUGCCCGCGCGGCGAUGACGAGGCGGGCUGCGCGUGCGAGCCCGGCGCGCCCUCCUGCGCCGACACCGGACUCUGUCUUCUCCCGAGUAUGUACUGUGACGGAGACGCAGACUGCGCGGACCGCUCCGACGAGCCGGCAGGAUGCGUGGCUAAGAGCGCAGCGUCCCCCCACCCGGUCCCCGGCCCGCCGGGCUCUCAGGGCCCGCCCGGCCCCGCGCUGUGCGGGGCGCCCGGCACGUUGCAGUGCGCAGGUCGCUGCGUGCCGCGCGAGCACGUCUGUGACGGCCGCGACCACUGCAUGGACGGUGAAGGAGGCGGAGCCGGCUCAGAUGAAGAUCCACUCAUAUGUGCGUCAUUUGCGGACGGUAUCGAGGGGCUUCAGGACGCGGGACGGGCGAACGCGUGGCGCGGGACGUGCGUGCGCGGCCAGUGGCAGUGCCAGAACGGCGCGUGCAUACCGCGCACUGCGCUCUGCGACGGCGUAGACGAUUGCGGCGACUACACCGACGAAUGGCACUGCAACGUGGCCGAGUGCGCGGUGCAGAACGGCGGCUGCGCGCACAACUGCUCGGAGCUGGCCGUGGGGCGCGCGUGCUGGUGCCGCGCCGGCUGGCGCCGCGAGCCCGACGCGCGCGCCUGUCGCGACGUGGACGAGUGCGCGGAGGACGAGCCCUGCGACCACCACUGCAGAAACACGCUGGGAAGCUUCGUGUGUUCGUGCGCCGCCGGCUACCGGCUGAUGGCGGACGGCAUCACCUGCACGCCCAUCUCUGCGGUGCGCGCCAGCCUGAUCUUCACGAAUCGAUACUACAUUCGCCGCGCGCCCGUUCUGAGCGCGACCGGGCCCGCCAACGACCACGAGGCCAGCGAGCUUCUCGUGCACGACCUCACCAACGCCGUGGCGCUGGACAUGGACUGGGCCACCGGCUGUCUCUAUUGGAGUGACGUCACACGACUCGGUUCUUCCAUCCGCCGCUCCUGCUUAACCGAUCCACACUCGAUAUCGGCGCCUGCGCUACUGUCCACGUCUGCCGCGUCGCCGCAACACCAGCUGCUUCACAGCGCCACUUUACAAAACCCAGACGGGCUAGCGGUAGAUUGGGUCGGUGGCAAUUUAUACUGGUGCGAUAAGGGCACAGACACACUGGAGGUGUCGCGGCUGGACGGAACUCACCGGCGUGUUUUACUACGAGGGAACCUCAGCGAACCGCGAGCGCUGGCGCUACAUCCCAAGCACGGAACCCUGUACUGGUCGGACUGGGGCGCCGCGCCGCACAUCGGGCGCGCCGGCAUGGACGGCUCGCGCCGCACCGUGCUGGUCGCGGCGGGCCUGUACUGGCCCAACGCGCUCGCCAUCAACAGCGCCUCCGACGAGCUGUACUUCGCAGACGCGCGCGAGGAUUACAUCGCCGUGUCCGACCUCGACGGCAAGAGGGUCCGAAUACUGUUCUCUAGAGAGCGCAUGCCGUGGCUCCAGCUUCACCACGUGUUCGCGCUGGGCGUGUGGGAGGGGCGCGUGUACUGGAGCGACUGGGAGACGCGCGCCAUCGAGAGCUGUCGCCGCCGGCCCGACAUGCGCUUCAAAGAGAGCAACGCGAGCACCGAACUGAGGACGGGCGGCGCCUACGACUGCCGCACCGUGCUACACACCGUUCACAAGCCCAUGGACCUGCGCGUGCACCACCCCGCCAGGCAGCCGCCCGCACCCGAACUGUCUGCGCUGUGCGCGGCGCUAAACUGCUCCGGUUUGUGUCUGCUGACGCCGGCGGCGGAGGGCGGCGAGGGUGCGGGCGCCCGCUGCGAGUGCCCGGAGCACUGGGUGCUGGCGGCGGACGGGCGCUCGUGCACGCCCAACUGCACGUCCGCGCACUUCGUGUGCGCCACUGCGCUUAAGUGCAUCCCGUUCUGGUGGCGCUGCGACACGCAAGACGACUGCGGUGACGGAUCGGACGAGCCCGCCUCGUGUCCGCCCUUCCGCUGCUCGCCGGGCCAGUUCCAAUGCGAUAACGGCCGCUGCGUGCAUCCCGCUCACCUGUGCGACGGCGCGCAGCAGUGCGGCGACGGUUCCGACGAGAGGGACUGCGACAAAUUCACGUGCCUGUCGUCGCAGUGGAAGUGUCGCGGCAACAGCUCGGCGGGAGUGUCGGCGCGCUGCGUGCCUGCGGGCGCGCGCUGCGACUCGCGCCGCGACUGCCACGACGGAGACGACGAGGACGACUGUCCGCCGAGAACCUGCCCGCCCUACCACUUCAUGUGUGCGAACGGCGGCUGCGUACCACUGGUGUGGAUGUGCGACGCGGACUCGGACUGCGGAGACGGAUCCGACGAGACCGGCGAACUGUGUGCGACACGCAGCUGCGCCACUGACGAGUUCCGCUGCGGCAGCGGCCGCUGUGUGCCGCUGGAGUGGGUGUGCGACGGAGAGCCGGACUGCCCCGGGCGGGAGGACGAGGCUCAGUGCGGUGCGGAGCGCGCGCCCGCGCCCUGCCAGGCCACGUACUUCCGGUGCCCCGACGCGCGCUGCAUCCCGGGCCGCUGGCGCUGCGACGGCGAGGACGACUGCGGCGACGGCGCCGACGAGAUGCGCUGCGAGCCCCGCGCCUGCUCCGAGUCGGAGUUCCGCUGCGCGUCGGGCGACUGCAUACGCGGCGCGUUGCGAUGCUCGGGCGUGCCGGACUGCGCCGACGCCAGCGACGAGCGCGACUGUGACGCGUGCGGGCCGGGCGCGCGCGCCUGCGCCUCGGGCCGCUGCGUGCGCCUGGAGUGGUGGUGCGACGCCGAGCCCGACUGCGACGACGCCAGCGACGAGCUGCAGUGCGGCGCGCGCGACGUGGCGGCCUGCGCGCCUCCCGCCUGGCGCUGCGACGGCCGCCUGGACUGCGCCGACGGCCGCGACGAGCUACCCGCGCUGUGCGAGGCGCACGCGUGCCCGCACCCCAUGUUCAGAUGCAAGAACGACACGUGCCUACCGUUCAACCUGGUGUGCGACGGGUUCGAAGACUGCGACGGAGAUGAGAAUCCAGCUUUCUGCGACCGGCGUCGCUGGCUCGGCGAGGAAUCUGUGUGCGAACCAGACGAGACGAUGUGUGACGACGGACGUUGCGUUGCCAUUAACGCGUCCUGCGAUAAUUACGGUGAAUGCCGCUGGGACACCUGCUCACAGCUGUGUCUGCGCAAGACUCAUGCUCACAUGUGCAAAUGCGCGGCGGGAUUCCGCCAACGCGUUCUUCCGGACGAGUCCAGCACGUGCGAGGCCACCGGCGACCGGCCGCGGGUUUUGGUCGCCGAGGGCGGGGACGUGCGCCUCUGGCAUGCGCUCAAGCACGAGCGCACCACGAACAAAGAAGAACCUGAGCUGCAUAUAGACAGGAGUACCGGUGUAGAGAUUUGGUGUUUGAGCGGGGCGCUUCUGGAAGGCGAGUGGUGGGUAGUGUGGGGCGACGACGCGGGUAAUCUGCACCGCGCCAAUCUCACUGCGGGCCUGGCGGCGAACGGUGAGGAAUUCGCCAGAAACGCCGAGAUUAUCGCUACGGCUGACGCGCCGGUGCGCGGCUGCGCGUUGGAGCCGGUGUCGCGGCGCACCUACUGGACGUCGGGCGGGGCCGUGUACGUGAGCGCGCUGGACGGGCGCGCGCGCGUCACUCUGCAUUCGCGCGCUCUCGGCGCUCCCGACGACCUGGUGCUUCACAACGCCACGCGACAGUUGUUCUGGUCGGAACGCGGCGCCGAGCCGGGAGUGAUGGCGGCGGGGCUGGACGGCUCUGCCCCGCGAUGGCUGGUGCGCAGGCGGGUGCGGCGCGUCACGGCGCUGGCGCUGGACAUCUGGGCGCGGCGCCUGUACUUCGUGGACGGCUACUACGACACGCUGGAGUCCGUGCGUCUGGACGGCGGUGAGCGCGUGCUGCACGCACAGUUCACGCAACGCCCUCCCGACGCUCCGCUCCCGAUACACGUCUACGUUAACGGAGACGUACGUCACGUGGGCAACUCGACUGCGGCCGCGGUGGCGAACGCGUCGGUGGUGUACUCGCGCGCGUGCCUGCGCAUGGCCGUGUGGGAGGAGUGGGUGUGGUGCGCGCGGCCGCGCGGGCUGGCGCGCAUCCCGCGCCGCGCCGCGCGCCGCGUGCAGCCGCGCGUGCAGGCCCCGCGCCGCGCGCUCACCGCGCUCGCGCUGCUGCACCCCGUCAUGUUCGCGCACGCGGGAAGUUCGGACCCGUGCACGGAGAACGGGCGACCGGCGUGCGACGAGAGCGCGCUGUGCGUGCUGAGCGCGGCGCCGCGCGGCUACGCGUGCCUGUGCCCCGACGGGCUCGUGGCCCUCGACGAGACCGUCACCGGGGAGCGGCGCAAGUGCGUCAUAUCUCGAGGCGAGGUCGACAGCUCCACGGCGAGUGCGGGCCCUCGCGACGACGCGACGUGCCCGCUGUCGUGCGGGCCGGGCGCGUGCGUGCUGGAGGGCGGCGAGGCGCGGUGUCGCUGCCCGGCCAUGUUCGCGGGCGCGCACUGCGAGCACUACCGCUGCGCGCUGUACUGCCACCGGCGCGGGCGCUGCGAGCUGGACCUCACCGCGCCGCGCGCCCCCGCGGCCGCGGUGCCGCUGCGCUGCACGUGCUACGGCGGCUACGGCGGCGCACGCUGCGAGACGCGCGUCGCGCCCGCCCCGCCCGCGUCCCCCGCCACGCCCCCGUCCGAGCAGGAGGCGUGCUCUCGCACUCGCUGCCAGAACGGCGGGACGUGUAUAUCGCACGGAGACGCAGCCACGUGUGCGUGCGCGCCGGGGUUCACGGGCGCGCUCUGCGAGUGUGCGGGCGAGCGGUGCCAACCCAACAUUUGCCAAUCUUUCUGUCUCAACCAGGGAACGUGCAGCGUGUCGGCGGUGGGCACGGUGUCGUGCUUGUGCCCGCGCGCGUGGAGCGGCGAGCAGUGCCAGCGACCCGCCUGCGAGGACGCCGACUGUGCCACGCCGCACUCGCGCGUCCCCGCCCCGCGCCACGAAGAAAACGACACGCGUAACCUGAACGACACCACCACCACCACCACCACCACUACUGAGACCGACAAGAUUGCGAGGGCCGCACGGUGUUGUAGGAUUCAAAGUGUUGGGCACGUAAACAGCAGCGCCGUGUUAAGUAAGAGUUACAUCAGUGAGCACAACCUCCACAAACAGGUUUCGCGACCUCGACCUUGCGCACGGCGGUGUGAGUGUCGAGCGAGUGCGACCGAGGCCGACCCCUCCGCGGAGCGCGGCGAAUGCACUCGCCGUGCGCACAGGGCCGCCGCAGAGCUAGAGCGUGCAGCCGCACACACGUGGCGACGCGACGACGUAUCGAUCUCGUAG